AUGAAGCAGGGCCGGCAGAGAGCACCUCUGCGGGAGGCGCUCCUGCUCCUGCUGAUCCUCUGGGCCCGAUCCUGUGUCCCCCUUUAUGCUCAAGAUACAGGCGAUGGCGGUAACAAUCAGAAAUUUGGAGACAAGUGCAGACAUACGAAACAAUGUACGUUCGAAGGAGCUAUUUGUGAUGAUAUAACUCAUAAAUGUCUUUGUAAACCUGAUCUACCAGUUACCAAUCACAUGGACAAAUGUGGCGUGCUUGUUCGUGUAAAUGAAUCCUGUUCUUUUACGGAGCAAUGUGAAGCCAAUAACUUUCAAACGGAAUGCAAGGAUGGAGUAUGUGUUUGUCGAUUCGAAAAACUAGCUGUGAUGAAAUCGGAUGGAAGAAUAGAAUGCGAAGUGGUCCAGACAAAAUACACACCCGAAAAAUAUUUAGAUCCUGCCAUGAUUGGUAUUCUGGUAGCCAUGUUUCUUAUGUUCAUCACAAUUUGCGUUGUUCUACGAUUAUUUAGCAGAGCAAGAUGGAGAGAAAACAGAAGCAUUUUCAAUACACCAAAUCCACGAUUGAUGAACGUAUCACUCUUAAAGGAAAAUAAACAUGUCCAUGAGCGAAAGGGAUCUAGAACCAGCCGAGGUCCCAGCAGACAACCAAGCGUCGCCUCAUUAAGAGCUCCUUCUCCGAAUUCACAAGGGCGUUUGUUUCUAGGGUCACGUCGAGGAUCCAGAGGCAGCAGCAACGUUUCUGGAGCAUCCAUGAAGUCGAGCAAGAGUCCUCCUCAACCACCGAACAUGAACUCUGUUACCACACCGAUGUUGGAAAGCGUUACAGUCGAAAUUCAAGAACCCAAAGCAUAA